AUGUUGAUGCUAUUCUCGNAUACUAUUACGAUUAUAGUUGGUCUUCAAGGUGGUCUAACUAUUGCACUCAAAUGGAUUUGUCCAAAACUCGUUCGAAUUGUUUCAAAGAUCUAUCACAAUCGAAAAAAGCAAGCAAACUCUGUUCGACCGUCGUCUCACGUGAUGACUAACACAAUAACGAUAAGGCCUGAAACUACGACAAGUCUGUCGGUUCGAUCGUAUGCGAAAAUAAUCAGCGGCGUUGUAGUUUUAAGCUGUUCGAUAACAUGCAUCAUCGUUUUCUCAAUCUAUUACGCAGGACAAAAUUCAGCGACGACGAACUUACCAUCGACUGGCAGUUUCAGUCCAACAAUGAGUGCGACAAUAACGCCAUCUUCAAGUACAUCAGAACCACUAUGUUCGUUCCAAUUCAAACAAAUAUCUACAGCAACAAAAUGUUUAGUAAGCAGUUUAAUUCCUAGUAUCAUUGUCGAUCUCAAUGAUGAUGGUCGAACCGAUUUAAUAAUGUAUUGCGAUUCGAAAAAAACAGUAGAUGUGCUACUUGGGACAGGCAAUGGGACAUUUCAUGAAGUAAGCAAGUUUCCAUUAGGAAAUCACACAGCCAUACGUUUUAUUCGUACUGCCGAUACAAACAAUGAUGACCGACUCGAUUUAAUCGUUGCGUACGAUGUUUUCUUGCCUCCAGACUUUUUGCAUUCGAUACGUUAUAUUCUUAUUCUAUUUGGUUAUGGCAACGGUACAUUUCAAACAACAAACAUACAAUCAUUAACAUUGACUGGCUUUCUAGUAGAUAUUUCUGUAGUUGACGUCAAUGAAGAUCACAACGUAGAUAUUGUUUAUUUGUUUCUGCUGGAUGAUUAUGUUUAUGUACGUUGGGGAGACGGAAAUGGAACAUUUUCAUCACAGUUAAUGCUAUUUACGAGUUUUAAUAGUGAUCUAAGACAAUUAGCUAUUGCUGAUUAUAAUCAUGAUAAUCACAUAGAUAUAGCUGUAAUGAAUUCCAGAUCACUUCAUAUUCAUCUAUAUCUGUCAAACACUGAAGGUGGUUUUCAAACACAGAAACGCAUUUACACAGCAUUCGAUAUUAGCUCAUUUGUUAUGCUCAUCGGUGAUUUCGAUCAUAGAAAUCAGUCAAAUAUCAUUCUUGUUCAUCAAUGGAGGAACACAGGUUAUUUACUGUACCGUUAUGACAAUGGUACUUUUACUGUCGAUGACCAAAUUAUGUUCAAUGAACCGGUUGAAUUGUAUUCAGUUAUUGUCGGUGACCUGAACAAUGAUAAGCAUUUAGAUAUAAUUAUUGGUGGAGUUUACCCUUAUAGAGUGCAUGGAUUUUUUGGAAAUGGAAAUGGGUAUUAUCAAUCUCAAAUGAUUGAUUCGAGUAGCGUGGAUAUUUAUGAAAUCUGGCUUGGAAUCGAUGAUUUCAACAAUGAUUUUUGCCAAGAUCUGAUCAAGAUGAGUGUUGGUUCCAGCACCAUCGAUGUUUUACUAAAUACGUGUCAAUGUUCUACAACCUAA